CCAGUCUGAGCGCGAUGACCUCCCCGAGCCCUCAACUCGGUAUCGGCCAAUCGAAUCUCACGGAGAACGAGACGUCAGAGCUCCAACAGCGCCUCACCCUGGUGCAGAUGCGGAUUGCACACUUUGAGAAGCAGGAGCAAAUGCUGAAACAGCAGGAGGCCGAGCUGCAGGAGCAGAAAGCGGCGACAGAGCAGAAACUGCAGGGACUCAGCAAGCAGCUCGAGCAAAUGAGUGAAGACCAGGCCUCUCUCAAGGCCCAGGUGACCUCUCUCCUCGCUGAGCUGCAGGAGAGUCAGCACCGAGUGGAACUGAAAUCAGAGACUUGCUCUGAGCUGGAAAUAAAGUGCCGAAACACAGAACUGCAUGUGCGGAUGCUGGAGCAGGAGCUGGAUGCUCAGAAGAAACAGGCCAGUGUUACAAUCGAUCAGCUGCGAUUAGCCGUACACAGCUAUGAGUCAGCACUGAAAACGGAACGCCAGAACGCAUCCGAGGACAAGCGGAAACUUGCACAGUUGCAGGCAGCCUAUCACCAACUCUUCCUCGAUUAUGAUCAAGUUAUGAAGAGGCGCGGGGACCAGUCAAACCAGGAUGAGAUCCUACAGCAGCUGAGGGAGGCAGAGGAUGCUCUGGUUCUGAAACAGGAGCUGAUCGAUAAACUAAAGGAGGAUGCAGAGAAGAUGAAGAUGGACCUGGAGACGAUCCCUGUCCUCAACGCCCAGGCCGAGGUGUUUAAAGCAGAUUUUCUCGCUGAGCGGCAGGCGCGGGAGGAGCUACAUGAGCAAAAGGAGCUACAGCAGAAACGGUUCGCUGCGUUACAGCUGGAAUAUAAUAAACUCCGGACGGAGCAUGAGGAGAGCACUCGCAAUCACAUCGAGGAACUGCAACGCCGUCACAAUGACAGCCCGCGGCUCCUGCCCCCUGGGCCAGGUAACUACUUCAGCAGCGGGAACACCAUUCCGUUCAAUGCCCCGGCGGACCAGCCAGAUUACCGAUGUCCGAAGUGCCAAUACCUGGCGCCUGACAUGGAUACAUUGCAGAUCCAUGUCAUGGACUGUAUACAGUGAGUGGGCCCCCCCCUCGUGUCUCUCUGCGUCCCCCCUCCUCCUCUCCCACCCCCUCCCCACAUCCAGGAGGUCAAACAGAGAGCAAGUCUCCAUCCUUGUACAAAGAGAACCAUUUCUCCUCUCUCCAUCUCUCUCUCUCACUCUGUGUGGGUUUGGGGCUGUCCAAUCGGACAGCGUUUUGAAUUCCCCCCCCCACCCCCUCGUUUGUUUCUGGGGAGGGGGGAAGCAAAGGAGGUGGUCACCGAAUUGGAGAGGUCUCUCUCUCUCUCUGCGACACGGUCACGGGGGGGGGGGGG